GGCAGCAAUUGAGUAUUUGAACAGAGUGAGAAGUCGGGCGACUGGCUGUGAUUGGAAUCAAUGUUCACGUGAUAUUACCGACGAGCAAGACGGGGUUACUGCUACAUGUAGAAUGUAUGUUCAUUAUGAAGCGCCUUGAUUGCUAAAUAAAAGUUCAUAUUUUUGGUUUGUUAUCAUGUACUUUUCCUCCCCCCCUCCUUAUUUGCUUGCAGCUGUUGAGAACUAAUUCGCUGCGCAGUAAUACCUCCAGUCAUUAUGAAAAUAAUCAAAGCGCAGAGGAUUUCAUCAGUAAAAUGAUCUCGCAAGGAAAUAAAGGCAACUGGAAGGACGUCGAGAUGGAGUUGCCAGAGUUGCGAGAGCGGAUCGCCAAAACUCCCUCCCUUUUCCUGCACGAGCUGAAGAGGAGGAAUGUGGUUACAGAAGAGGAGUACUGGAGGGCAUUUACAAUUCCCGACGCCGCCAAGCGCGUGGACUCAAUCCUGUUGCCCGUCAUGAGACGAGGUGGCGGCAAACACCGAAAGCUGCUGGAGGCACUCGAACAACAGCGGAGCAGGGAACGGCAUUUCCUGGACAUGCUGAGGACGAGCCAUUUGUGCUCGCCCACUCUGAACCCCAACUCGGCACAUCGACAUCUUCAAAUUUCUGCCGAUCUCAGCACAGUGACGUGGAAAAAGGAAGAGCAGCCUUACUCUGAUCAUGCAGAGAGGUGUGAGAGGUGGCCAAUAGUCCUCUGCUUUGAUAACUUCUCGUCGGGUGACCACUACUGGGAAGUGGACGUGAGAGCCUCUAAAAAUUGUUCUAUAGGCGUCGCACGUGAGUCGAUUCCGAGGAAUUGUCACGAAAAGUCUGGCAGGCUGGGCUGGAACGAGUCCUCUUGGGCGUUCGUUCAAUGGGAUUUUAAUUUCAAAGCAGCACAUGACAAACAACGCAAAACCAUUACAGAUGUUCAGCUUUUGCAGAGAGUCGGCGUUCGCUUGGACUUUAACGCAGGAAAACUUUCGUUUUACAACGCCAUCACCAUGGAGCUGUUGCACUCAUUUGAUGACAUUCCAAGUGAGCCGCUCUGUCCGGCUAUGCAGGUGAAGUCGGGCUCAGUCUCGAUUUACGAAGCUCAAUCAUUGAAGAACCUGACUGUGGAUGAGAGCAGAGAAGACAUUCAGAUUUGUGAUCACUUUUCAAACAGCGGAGACCAUCGCACAAACAACACCGAUGAAGAGAAGGGUGAGAGGAAAGAUGCAUUGCUCAGAACGAGGAGGGAGGAACCUCCGGUGACACGAGAGUUGAUGGGUACGAUCCCUGCAAUGCUACACCACGAGUUGCUCGUCCAGGGUCUCAUCACACAAUCCGAGCUCUCAGAAGUAUAUUCGAUACCCCGCGCGUCAGCACGAGCUGACUUCAUCAUAAGCCGUCUCAAUCGCAAGCAGAAAGAGAGCCCGCAACUCAAAGGGAUUCUGUGUGAACAUUGUGAAAAGCAAGAGGCAUUCCUGAAAAUGAGGAGCGAAUCGUGUACUUGCUCGCCGACUCUGAACCCAAACACGGCACAUCGGAACCUCCAGAUUUCUGCCGACUUUAAAACCGUCAGGACCUCCACACGCGCCCAACAUUACCCUGACAACUCAGACCGGUUCGACCACUACCGAGUGGUCAUUUGCUCUGACAAAUUCUCAUCGGGUCGCCACUACUGGGAGGUGGACGUGAGAAGUUCUGAGAAAUUCGUCAUCGGUGUCACGUAUGACGCGAUACCACGGAAAGGUGAUGACAAAGCCUGUAAAAUUGGGUGCAAUGAAGUUUCGUGGAGCCUGAGGAAAUUGGACGACUACACGGCGGUACAUAACAAGACGGAAACAAAACUGUCGGUGCGAGAUGCUCCCAAAAGAGUCGGGGUUCACCUGGACUGGGAGGCGGGCGUCUUGUCAUUCUACAGCGCCGACUCCAUGUCGCUGCUGCAUCGAUUUCACGGACAAUUUGAUCGAGAGCUGUACCCUGCAAUGGCCGUGCUGUGCGAAAGUCUCGCAAUAUGCCCGUUGCCGUACUCAGACUCUCGUCGUUAGAGAUGAGAGGCUCCUAUUAGAGCGGUCUCCCAUGCGACCCCUGUAUGUAUGUAUGUAGAGUAACUCCCUGGCCAACCGCGUGGGUUCAGGUUCCUGAAAACCCUCGGGGUUGGUAAAGUUACAGGGGGCCUAUGGGUUGUAGGGGGUUAAGGGAAACACGGGUGUGGUCAGACUCGCCACAGCUUAACUAAGUUGUCUGUUUAUUCACUAAACUAUGUUUCUGUGUAUGGUACAUUACACAGUAACAUGAUAAAACGUAAUUGAACGUAACAUUAACUUUACAUACCUUUAAUAUUAACGAUGAUUAGAGUUAAAAGUAUUAACGACGAUGUCAAUAAGAUGAUGGGGGGAGGGCUGGUUAGAAGGAGGAGGGGCUCAGCCCAGCCACGCCCCCUUCCUCCAGACCACAGACACAACUCACUCUCACCACUCGAUGCACGCUUGGUCCAUGACUAACGGCAACAUUAAUGUGCACCAUGGAGUACUGUACAACAAAACAGGCGGCCAGCUGAUCACUUGAGCAUCGCAACGGCACCACGGCAUUUGUAUUAAAUUCCGUUGUUCACAGAGCCAAGGCCAUAGUCAUGUAGUGAACAUUG